UUGCUAUAGAAGAGACAGUACAAUACUUUGAUGUCUCACAAACAAACACAAGCUUCGCUCGAGUUCCAAGAGGGCGAGCCUCUCUUUGAAAACUGGCCAGCUCCAUCUUCCGAAAGAAGUAGCUUUGCAAAACUUCACACUUUUGAACGUGUUCAAAGUUGUGUCUUCGUACAAAAAAACCACAAACCAAAAAAGAAAAGAAGGGCUUUUGGACACUUGGCUGUCUCUGGUAGUUUAGAUAAUAUUGUUGCCAAUUAGAUUGCCUCCAAUUGGCUUUUUCCAAAAUGGCCCAUUUUGAUUGCAACAAUUUUUUAUAGUAAAGCGGCGCUACAAAUUCUCAAGUUUCGGUCUCCUACAAAAAGGCACUUCAAAUAGAGUACAAGGACUUGUGUUUUCCUUGCUACUAGUUGCCCAGUGCAAGAGAAAGUUCGUUGACAAUAACGAGCAACCGAGUGUGAAACCAUGCUUGGUUUGGCUGGCUCCAACAACGGAACAUAUGAUUACAAAUAUUCUAGUUGCUUUCCUUUCUGUUUUACUUCUAUGAAAGCUUCUUAAUAACACGCCUUUUGUUUUCGCUCUCUCCCUCUUCACAACUUCCUCACUCGCACUUUUUGUUUACGUUUGAACCCUAAAGUUGUGGGCUUCGAGUAAAGCACUGUUUCAGCCAGUUACCUUGCAAGUUAUUAGGCAACGCUAUAUCGAAUGAGGAAAUGAUAAGGUCCUUCCUAAUAUAUCUGAAGCAGUUUACAAUUAGUUUCUUCCAGUUAAGCUCGCAGUAGAACUGAAACAGUUGUUUCUGUUUCCAACCAAAGGUCGGUUUGCCAAAUUGGCUUAACAAUCUUCAUAGCUAUUGCAUACUACUUGUGUUUUGGAUAAAUUAUCUAUUUUUUGUCGGGCCAUUUCAAAUUGGAAAUAAUGAUAAAGCCAACUCCGUUUUA